AUGGCAGAGGUUCGUCAGGGCGGUUCCACCAUCUGCUUGGGCUUUACCGAAGGCGAGGCCGCGAAGGUUGCAUCCAGCGGUCUGCCGCCAGGAGGAAAGUCGACCAUCUACCUUGGUAUGGACUCGGUGACCGAUAUCCCCAAGCGUGAGAUGCUGGCACCGCCCGGUGGGAAGUCGACCAUCUGCCUGGGAAUGGAUCCUGCGGCUUCAGCCCCGGUGUCUUCCAAUGCCUUUGCCUGUGGGGCGCAUCAGAAUUCCGGGAAUGUGCUCACGGAGCGCCCAACGACCCUGCUGCAUGCGCCCCCGGGGGGCAGGGCCACGAUCUGCCUCGGAAUGGACACUGAGCAGAUGGAGACUCCGAAGCGCAUCGAAACAAGUGAUGGCAACUCUGACACAAGCGAUCUCCAGAGCUUCCGCCCUGCGGGGAAGAGCACAGCUCCAAGUGUCGCAGACUUGGAGACAGAGAGGCCUCUAACUUUCCGGCCGGUUGGUGGAGAAGAUCACAUUGUGUUGGGUGCAGAGAAAUUCCAGCGCGCCGACACUACUCACCGGGCCACUGCUGGCGGAAACUCCAGCAUUUGUUUUGGAACCGACAUCAGUGAAUGGAAGGUCUCCUCCAAAGCUUUGGGGCAGACUCUUACACCAUCCCCAGCAGAGCUGCCCGCAGAUAUGCCAUCUGAGACGCCAGAGGAGCCGCAGACGGAGACAUCGACGGCUGCAGCAGUCAGCCCUUCCACCGAUAUGAGCAUGAAAGAAGAGCAGACGGACGAGGCGAAGGAAGAUGAAGCUGAGGCUCAUCCCGAGACUGAAGAGGUCUGCGUGGCUUCGCCAGCACGCUCGCGCCUUCCUCCCGGAGGUGUCUCUUCCGUGGUGCUGGGAACAGCUGCCAGUGAGUGGAAGGACCGUUCCAAGGAUGAGGUGAAGCAGCUGAAGCAGGACGUGCCUACCCCCGCUCGCAGCAUCCGUGCGCCUCCUGGUGGCGCUGCCACGGUGCUGCUGGGAUGA